CUUGUAAAAGUUGUCAAUUGUCAUGUUUUGUCUCUGCGCAGUUGUCAGUGUCGAGAUUGGUUCCAAUUAAAGAAAUCUUGCAAUUGCAGUACACCAUUCUGUUUUUGGAUUUACUUAAUACUUUAAUUACUCAAAAUGUCAGAGAUAAAAAUUGUCGCAGCAAGUAUAGUUAACUUUUUGAGAAAGCAGUUAGAGGAGGAGUCGUUAAACAGCGACUCCAAAGAGAGCGUAGAAGUCGGCGUGCAGUGCAUAGAGACCGCUUUCGAUUUGAGUCGGGAAGAGCUGAGCAAAGGCGUAGAUUUGCUGCAAUUGGUUCGGCAACAGCGCGGCACAGAUGCCGCCGGUCGCGCCGAAGCCGAGAAACUUAAAAAUGAGGGUAACGAUUGCAUGAAAGCGGAAAAGUACCGCGAAGCUUUCGAAAAGUACACGAAAGCCAUCAAAAUCGAUCCUCGUAAUGAAGUGUUCUAUUGCAAUCGGGCCGCCGCACACUUCAAGCUCGGCGAACACGAAGCGGCGAUAGCAGACUGCAUGGAGGCCCUCGUGCUGCAGCCGAACUACGGCAAGGCACAUGGGCGGCUGGGAUUGGCACUGGCGGCGUUGGACAGGCAUCGGGAGGCGCGUGCCGCUUUCGCCCGCGCUGCGCAGCUCGAUCCCGACAACGAGUCUUACAAGGAGAACUUGCGCUUGGCCGACGAAAAACUGAAUCAGGCCGGACAACGAGAGACUUUGGACUUGGGUGGUUUAUUACAGAACCCAGCACUUUUAAAUAUGGCAACAGAGAUGCUCUCCGAUCCCAAUAUGCAGAACCUUAUAUCUGGACUAAUGAACAAUUCGGGCACAUCUCCCGGCUCCGGUGGAAUGAAUGUUCUACUAGAGGCGAGCCAGGCUCUGGCACAGCAUAUGCAGGCUGCCAACCCCGACCUGGUGGACCAGCUGAGGCGUCAGGUGCGCCCUCCUGGCCCGGGCGACGACCAGCCCCCGUCCCAGUGAGCAUCUGGCUGAGGCAGACGGCGUGUAAGAGACUGAUGGCCUUCAUUUCUCACUCUUAUUGAUACAUGUUGCAUGUAUAUAAUAAUCACCAUCCUGAGUCAUGUAUUUUAUUUGCAAAGCAAAGCCUCCAUUACCCGCUGCCAGACAUUACAUUUGCUGCACACAACGGCUCUGCGUGAUGUUUUAUAUCUGUUUUGUCUUCUUCGUCAUUCUUUUAGUUGCUUUUGUUUCCUGUGGCGGUGCUUGCAUAUGUUUAAUGGUGGUUUUAAUUAUUUUUGUUCAAAUGUGUUUUUGCAGUUUGUUAGUUUGUUACAUUUGGUAAAUUAGUAUGGCCCACACUUUUAAUAUUACAAAUAGGGAAUAUCUUUCCUGACACAUUAUAUAGAAGAUACUACUGGCAUUACUAACGUAAACUGUUAAAAAAUUUAUAAAUCAAUGUGUAGUACUAUAUUGUGUUAUAUAUUUAGUACAUACAGCAGUACAGGACUCUAAUGUGAACUCUGAUAGCUGGAAAUUCUGCAUUUGUUACUAUCAAUAUAGAAGUUUUGUAGUUUGGACAUUGUUGUCAUAUAUAAAUAAACAAACUGUCUUACAGAG